AUGUCUUCCUCCUUGGGUGAUGAAGUGGCUACUGUAAUUUCUGAGGACUUUGGUUUUAAAACGUUAGGUUCCAAAGUUAUCCUCCCUUCCUACAAUGAAUCGUUACCAUUUACAAGUUUAAAAAAUUUAGCCAUUCAUGAUGACAAAGCACUUUUUGCUGCAUACUCAGGUGGUAAGCUUAUUUGUGGUAAUUUACAGAAUUUGAGAGAUCAUGUGUGCGAUAAUAAAGAUUUGGAGCUUUCGCUAGAGAAAACAAUUGAAAAUGUCAUAUAUUUAACAUUCCACAAUGAUGACUUACUAGUGGUGAUGAGAGAUGGUUCCAUCAAUCUCUUUGAUACCUCGUCAUAUCAAGCUUCAGAACUCACUAUUGGAACAUCUAUUUGUGAUAUAAAGCUGCACAAUUCUCUUCUAAUAUUUCUAGACACAGACGGUAAUCUCUCACAGUACAAUCUAUUAACUAAUUCCACUACAAACGUAACUGAAAAUGUAGCAUCAUUUGAUAUCUAUGAAGAUAAUGUCUUUGUACUUUCAAAACAAGGCAAUUUUCAAAAGUAUACUUCCAUCAAUGAUUCGAUUAUACCGCAACAAACGUGGCAAUUCCCUGCAGAUAUAAAUAAUAUCAUAGCUGAAGGCAACGUUCCUACAAUUAUUUCUGCUUUAUACGGUAACCAAUGCUUAAUGAUCUUUGGACAGCCGAUUUCGGAAGACUCAGAAGAUGUAAUGUAUGAUUAUAUGACAUAUCUUGUGGACAUAGGGCAAGAAAUUGUAUUUCAUGAAACUUUUGAUAUUGCUCCAGCUUAUGGUACUGUAUUAAGAUAUCCAACAUACUAUAACAUUACUUUGCCAAAUUUGUUAGAUGGCACAGAACAUAUUAAUGUAAUAAGUUCUUCAUGUGCAAGUGAAAUAAGUAUAUGUGAUUCAAAGGAUGUUAUACAACCAUCUCAAGAUAGUGAAAGAGCUGUGCUACCAGUAAGCAAAGAUAGUGAUAACGAUACAAAUCCUAUCGGAGUAUGUUUAGACAUACUGACUACUGGUGCAGUCUCACAGCCGUGCGCUGGUGUGGAUUCCAUCGGACAGUUGCCAUUGAUUUAUAUUUUGAAUAGUGAAGGUAAUUUACAGAUUGUAGGACUAUACCACGCUAGUGCCAUAAAAGAAAAUAACUAUCACGUCAAUAAUCUGCAAAAGGUAAAGAAGCAAGAAAAAAAUCCUCAAGAAUCGCCCAAUUUGACCAAUCUCAUAUUGGAAAAUAGCGAAGAAAGGAAAAAAAACAAGGAAAGCACCGGUACAACUGCUUUUGACCAAUCUUUCAAAACUGACGCUGAAAACCCAUUCUUGCCUAAAAGUGAUAGUACAGUCAACGAAAAAGUCCCUUCAUUUUCUGUUUCAGCAUCCGGACAGGAUGCAUUGUUAAAAGAACCCAGCUCAGCAUUUGGUACUCCUGCAUUUGGAAAACUAUCUUUGGGUGACGAAUCCAAAACGGUAGGUUUUACAGAAAAGACCCCAACAUUUGGCACAUCACCAUUCGGACAAACUUCAGUAUCAUCAGAUAGGCCAAGCUUCGGAUCAGUUUCCUUCGGUCAGACAUCAAUUUCUCAAGAUAAACCAACAUUUGAGGCACCAGCGUUCGGAGCACCAGCGUUUGGGUCCCCCUCAUUCGGACAGACGCCGGCCUCUCUAGAUAAGCCGACGUCUGGGGCACCAACAUUUGGAGCACCAUCGUUCGGGCAGACUACAGCUUCUCCAGAUAAGCCGUCUUUUGGAACACCAUCUUUUGGCCAGAACUCUUUCGCUCAAGGAAAACCAAUUUUUGGAAUGACCUCAACAAAACAAUCAAAACCACAAUUAGAUCAAGGUAGCUUCUUUGCGGCCAAUACGGAUAAAAAGUCACCUUUUGCUACCUUUGCUACCUUUGCUGCUAAAGAAUCACCAUUCGGAAAUUUUUCAGCAACAGAUUCAGCGUUUGCUACUACGGUAAACGAGCAAUCUCCAUUUGCAAGCCUGACAAACAAGGAAUCACCAUUCGCAAAACUGAUCGGUUCGCAACAGCCGCAUAGCACAUCAGCUGAGCAUGCAAUAACACCAAACUCACCACAGUUAACGGAGCAAAAGAUUGAAUCUCCAAUUAUUGAUGAAGUGGAAAGUUCAAAGGAAACAACAGAAGCCAUAGGAGCAUCUGAUGAGGAGCUCGAAGUAGAAAGUUCAAAGGAGAUGACGGAAGAGUCAUCAGUAGAAGCAUCUAAUGGAGAACUCGAGGUGGAAGCCGAAGCUGAAGAAUCAAGUGAAGGGUCAGAAGAGAACCAGAACACAAGUGAGAACUUUGAUGAUACUACUGUCGAGCAAAGCCCUUUUGAUGUAGCAAUCGUCAAACCGGCAGGGGCUAAUCUGGAAAGAAGUUCCAUUGCUUCCUUAACAGAUAAAAUAAAGAAAAGUGCUAAUAUUGAAAGUAGUAGCGUAUCAAUGCCGACAUUCCAUGCUGAUAACUUGUCUAAAGAGGGAUCUAAAGGAGGAUCACCUUUUUCUGCAUUCACUAAUAAAUUAAACGAACCAUCAACAACAACUUUGAAUUUUAACACCAAAGUUCCCUCCCCCUCAACUAAGCCAGCAUUCUCCUUUGGAAUAGAAAAAGAGGAAUCAACAGAAAAAAAUCAUACUGAAGGUGAUGAGGAAAAUAAAGUUACUGAAGCGAGUAACAAAAUCCUGUCAGGAGAAGAACAACAAGAGGACCAAAAAGAACAAGCAAUGUCUGACGAACCUGGGAGCAGCUCGGUCCAAACUAUACCGGCUGAAUCUACAAUAGGUCAAGCCCACGCUCAAGACAGUAUGACUUCGUUGGGUGAAGUGAAUGAGGGAGAACUUUCAGAGUUUUCGAUUGAACAGUUAGACGAUAUAAAGAAACUUGAACUGGGAAGUGAGGCAAAUAAGGAAAGCAGGGUCGAGAACCAGGAGACUGAAAAGGUUCCCGAACGUGAGAAAAGGACAGACUCCAAUGAACUGGACAAACAAUCUUCUGUAGGUACCAGGGAACAUGAGAUAAAUGACAGUGAUUUUGAAAUAUCAUCCGAAGAAAGUAUAUUAGGAAAAGAAAAAGAAGAAGAAGAAGAAGAAAAAGAAGAACUACAAGCAUCUUCCGAUGUUUCUGAUGUGGGCUUCCAGUCCAAACCAGAAUCCGCCGAUGCACACACACAAAGCUACACACCUAUCACAGUUUCACAAAGUACUCAAGUUGCUUCUAAGCAAUCCUAUGAUGUGAAAGUACAAACAGAGCCUGUGCAAACGUGCGAUUUUGAAAUGGAAGCGUUUGAGGAAGAUGAGUCCUAUUUAGCGGAGCUUCAUAAGCCCAAACCAUUAAGACAAUACUUUAUCGGGGCAAAGUUACCAGCCAUCCCAUUUUCUUCUAAUGAUCCAACCAUGUCCUCUUUCGAAAGUACUUACCAUAUGAUCACCGCAGAGUUUUCAGUCUUGGAAUGCAACGUGUCGAAUUUGGGAGACUUCCUUCUCGAUCAAAGCACGUUACCACUGAAUAAGCGUACAGAAAGAUCCAUAAGCAAUAUGUAUACAUGGAGAAUACCAGAAAUUGAGAAGCUCAAAGACAUUCUAACAGAUCAUCAGAGAAAAUUUUCCGAAACCAAUCUUUUCACCCAAACUCUCGACGCUGACGUUGUUGAAUUCAAAUCAACCUUUCUCUCCUUAGAGAAAACAUUGGCGGAGACGAAAGAGGCAAUUUCUCAAUUGAAUUGGUUGAGAAAUAAAGAUCUUGAUGAUAAAUUAGCUCCAUUGGCUUUACACCAAACAGAGAUGAAAACUACCUUGCGUCAGAAAAUGGCAGAAACAUCUGCAAAAAUAGCUAAAAUUGAUGAAGCACUGAACGUUAUGAAGAUUUAUAUGAUGAAGAAUGAUAAGUUAGAUGAAAAUCCUUUAGUAAGUAAACUGGUAGCUGAAAGCGUAAACACGACUAAGCUGUUAGAUACCGUCAGGCUUUUAAGAGAUGAGGUUGCCAGAUUACAGCUAAGCUCACCUAGUGAUAAGGCAGAAGAACUCCCCUCCCUAAAGGACAAAAAAACUCCAUCUAUUGCUACUGUGGAGGCUAGUUUAACAAUGAAUACCAAGAGACAACUUGGGCAAUUUUUCAAGAAAAUAAAUGCAUCCUUAGAAUGA